AUGGAGCACAAUUUCGAGCCAUUGAAGAACGACCUGCUGCUGCGAGCGGCGUGGGGCCAGAAGGUGGAACGACCUCCCAUGUGGGUGAUGCGCCAAGCUGGCCGCUACCUACCGGAAUACCAUGAAGCAAAGGGCACGCGCGACUUCUUCGAGUGCUGCCGAGAUGCCGAGGUCGCCUCCACAUUAACGCUGCAGCCCGUCGAGCGCUUCGAGGGCCUGCUGGACGCCGCCAUCAUCUUCUCCGACAUCCUCGUCAUCCCACAGGCCAUGGGCAUGCAGGUGGAGAUGGUGGACAAGAAGGGGCCGCACUUCCCCAACCCGCUGCAGAGCCCCGCGGACGGGCAGUACGAGCAGGUGCUCGGCCGAGAGGUGGACGUGGCCGCCGAGCUCGACUACGUCUACAAGGCAAUCACCCUGACGAGGAAGAAGCUGGCCGGCCGGGUUCCCCUGAUUGGCUUCUGCGGCGCCCCCUGGACGCUCUUCUGCUACAUGGUCGAAGGAGGAGGCACUAAGCUUUUCGCCCAGGUCAAGACAUGGAUCUACAAGUACCCGGAGGAGUCGAAGAAGCUCCUGGCCAAGAUUGCUGAUGUCUGUGUAGACCACCUGGCUCUUCAGGUGAAGGCCGGUGCUCAGGCGGUGAUGGUGUUUGACUCAUGGGCUGGAGAGUUGUCUCCUGCUUCCUUCAAGGAAUUCUCUGAGCCCUACCUUGCCCACAUUGCGCAAAAGCUACCGCUGAAGCUGCAAGAGCUGGGUCUGGAGAAGGUCCCCAUGACGGUGUUCCCCAAGGGCGCUUGGUACGCUCUCGAUUCAGUGUGCAAUCUGGGCUACAAUGUCGUCGGCAUGGACUGGCUGCAAGACGCCGCUGAGGCUGUGAAAAUUCGAGGAGACAGGAACGUUGUCUUCCAGGGUAAUGCCGACCCCGGAUGCUUGUAUGGUUCAAAGGCCGCCAUCACCGAGGCUGUUGAGACUAUGGUCAAGGGCUUUUGGACUGGUAACAAGGGCUGGAUCGCCAACUUGGGCCACGGCAUCACCCCUGGUGUCAACCCAGAUAACUUGAAGUUCUUCUUCGAGGAAAUUCAUCGCCUGACCAAGCCCUGA